AUGACGAUUUGCUCAAUUUGUCUGCCAACUCUGAGGAUACCCUCUCAGCUUCCAGUCUUCCCCGAAUCUUGGAAGCAGAGAGCUGGUAUUCUGGAAUGUAGCUCUACACCUUACUUUUUACCCGGCAAAGAUGCGACACCUAUCGACCAAAUUGGACUGCUCCAUCAUGCGGAUCUCGAUUCUCUAUCAGCUUCUGCAGAGAAAUGUCCAUUAUGCAAGAUCAUAUCGCAAAAGGUGAAGAGCUUCAUCAAAGAUUUUGAAGACAUGCAGGAGGACCCACAGUCGACAUACUUCGUUAUUGAACGCCAGGGUCAUGGCUUACCAGACAAAUGGACUUUCAGGCUAGUUCAACGUCUCGAUGCUGCUGAUGGUUUUUCGGUUUUGGUUAACAGCAAAAACGAAGGAAGAAUCUAUGUGAUUGAUGUUUUCGGAUUUUGUGUCGAACCUGAAGAGUCAUUAUACUCCAUCCCAAACGAAGAUACCGACAAUACCAAGGCGUUAUCUUCUAGACGUGUUCGUGGCGCCAAAGUCGGACCUGACGCAGCUUCCAAGAAUACCUUCAGUGUAGUAAGCGGCUGGAUCAAGCAUUGUGUUGACGAGCAUGAGCGCUGCCGCCCUCCUCAAACUCCUCUUCCCUCACGAAUUCUCGAUCUGGGCGCUUUCAGUGACCCCAACAAUAUCCGUCUCUUCGAAACACAUGGAGUAGCAAAUUACGAGCCUUACGUGACACUGAGUUAUUGUUGGGGUUCUGAUUCCUCAGUUCAUGUAAGAACUACGCACUCCACAAUAUCAGGUCAUUUGGAGAGAAUUUCCGUGGAAAACCUACCUCAGACUUACCAAGAUGCCAUCAGAAUCACCCGCCAUCUUGGUGUACGAUUUCUCUGGAUCGAUUCCCUUUGCAUCUGUCAAGAUGACCUUGAUGAUUGGACCAGAGAGUCAGCUGCUAUGCAACAAGUUUACGCAGGAGCCUACUUGUCUAUUGCUGCAGAUAAUGCGCCAAGCUCAUCGCACGGGUUCCUGAAGAGAUCGGAUCGGAUGCAUGUACCUGUCGUCUUGAAGGUAGUAACUGGCAGCAGCGAUUUGGAUGACACUACACCAGAGGCUUCAGUGGUGGAUAUUCCAGGGUACGUUUUCGAGGCUCCGCCCUCAAAGACGUUUUACAAUCGCUGCUGGCUAGAGCUCGACGAGGAACCUCUUACCUCACGAGCCUGGGCCAUGCAGGAGCGACUUCUCCCUCAGCGAGUUUUACAUUUUACUAGUCAACAGCUUCGCUUUGAAUGCAACUGUCACACGUUGUCUGAAGACGGUGCUGAGGUUUUAGGUCGUUGGAAUUCACUGCGUCGAGGAGGAGAAAAGAAUUUCAAGAACAUAGCUCGCAAAUCUAGGAUCAGCUACAAUCAUCAGAUGUGGUACUUGAUCUUGGAAGACUAUACCAAUCGGCUCUUGACAGCCAAUACGGAUCGACUACCAGCCAUCUCGGGUUUGGCGGCGUUGUUCCAGGAAAAGAUGAACACUGAAGAGUCUGAAAAUGUAGCAGAUAAACCUGAAGAUGUCCAAUACGCUGCAGGGCUCUGGAGCAACGCGUUGAUAGAAGGGCUGGAAUGGACUGGCUUUCGUUCACGAGCGAAACACACCAUCAUGCCAGACGAGUUCCCGCUACCGGGCGAGAAAGGUUAUAUCGCACCGACCUGGAGCCCAGCAUCUUUCGAAGGCGGGUCGGCUCAUGGAAACACUUCGAGUGGCUGGGCUGAUAUAGCUGUUCCUACCGGCUUCAACGUGACUCUCAAGAACACACAGAACCCGUUCGGUGAAGUCGUCAACGGCUGGAUUAGCCUCCGUGCUCCAAUGAUCGAGAUGGAACUCAGCGAGCUACCAGAGCCGGACGAGGACAAGCUCAGCGGUUUCCGUCGCAACAUGAGACUUUGCACACCUCGAGGUGAUCGCUUUGGAGCAUACUCGUCAUUUGAUGGCCUUAGUGGACAAACAGACGAGACUCGGUCUUGGCUGAAGAGGAAAGAAGUCUUUGCGCUGGUCCUCUCCGAGGGAAAGGAUCUUUGGUACACUACCGAUGACAACGUAUCCUACCAUGCCUUAUUGGUUAUGCCCAUCGAGGAGGAGAAGCGGGUUGAGGCUGGGCGGGAGGAGUUUAGAAGAGUUGGGACUAUUCGGUUUGAUUCGGAAUGUCUGGGUGAUGGUGAGGAGAUGUUGCGAGAUUCAGGUGGCUUCGUGGAAGUAGUUUUGGUUUGA